AUGUGUGCCUCCAAUGCAUUGACUGAAUUGAAUCUUCCGCCCAAUUCCGUGUUGGCCAACGAGGGCUUCACGAACACGACGGGAGAGUUCUAUGUGUCGCGAGCCCUCUAUAACAACAUACUAACCCCCGGCAGAUACAAACCGGCGGAGGAACGGUGUUUCGUCACUAUGGAUGGCAAGGAGUAUGGCCUUCAGGACAACUUCGAAGUGCUCACCAAUCCUAACAAGUGUUUCCUCGACUGGAAGAAAGCACACGACGGAACCGUUCCCAAGGGCGCUAUUGAGUCCGGCGUCGAUCCCCAAGGGGGGAAAGCCUACUCUGUGCGAACGAGUGGUUGGGGCGGAUAUAUGGUGGGCAAGUUCUACAAGAGUACUAAUCAGAUGUAUUACGGAUGGGGUGGCGCUGAAUACCACACCAACACCUAUGAGAUGCUUGUGGUUCAGGACACAGCGCCCGACCACACGUUGAGGCCGAGCUGUGCGAACCACAAACAGUUUGGUUUCGACAGUUUCGUCUGUGUCUGCACUGAAGCCCAACCGUGCGAUCGGUUCGAGCCGGUCGUGAAGACAGCUCCCGGUGUACUCACCCGAUGGGAGUCCACCGCUCAGGGAAACCGAUUCGUUAAAACCACACUUAAAUUGGAAGAUAAGGCCAAACACGUGGACAUCGAUAAGGAAGGCACUCAACUCUACAUCAAAGUGAACCGGGAUGUCAAACACCAGGAGAUCUUUGGUUUUGGCGGCGCUUUCACCGACGCCACGGGUAUUAACUAUAAGAAAAUGGGCGCCAAAAUGGAGGACCAAAUGAUUGGCGACUGUUUUGGCAAAGAUGGUCUCGAAUAUAACUUAUGUCGCCUUCCCAUCGGUGGCUCUGACUUCUCCACCCGUCCCUACUCUCUGGAUGACGACUCACAGGACGACAAACCGUUGGCUCAUUUCAAUCUGACUCAAGAGGAUCUGGAGCUAAAGAUCCCGAUCAUUCAGAAGGCCAAAGCCAUGGCUACCCAUGAGUUGCGACUGUUUGGAAGUCCCUGGUCUGCACCGGCCUGGAUGAAGGAUAAUAAGGAGCUCAUCCAUGGCGGCAGGAUUAAGGGCGAAGUGGGCACUGAGUACUGGCAGAUAUACGCCAAGUAUUUCGUUAAAUAUUUGGAUGCAUACAAAGCCCAUGGUCUGCCCCAUUGGGGACCAGAGUUGGAGAAAAGUGGUUACCCUCCGGACAAGUUCAACAUAAUGAUGCUAGAUCAUAAUGUGGGCAUUGUCAAGGAGUGGGUCCAGCAAUACUACACCGACCCCGUAGCCAACAAAUACACGGCGGGCACUGCCGUGCACUGGUACGGUCACGACCCUAAGACAAUGCUGGAUGAGCCCCACCAAAUGCAUCCGGACAAAUGGAUGUUAGCCACUGAGGCCUGUGUCGAGGGUGGCGUCAAACUGGGCGACUGGAAUACGGCUGACCUCUACGGCUCAGACAUCUUAGAUGACCUGUUGCACCACGUGGUCGGUUGGGUGGACUGGAACAUGGCUCUGGACACUAAAGGGGGUCCCAAUUGGGUGAACAACUUCGUGGACGCGCCACUAAUAGUGAACGCCGACACCAAGGAGUACUACCGCCAGCCCUCGUUCUACGCUAUGGCACACUUCAGCAAAUUCUUGACCCCGGGGUCCGUCAGAAUCGAUACCCCCGUCGUCAACAAGAGUAACAACAACUGUCUGGUGGGCGCCUUCCGCACCACCAACGGCUCCACAGUUAUCAUUGCAGUAAAUACUGAAGGUAUUGAAAUUGAUUUGGUUGUGGAGGACGAUAAGGCGGGUAAAGUGAUCCAGAAAAUAGCACCAAGGUCCAUUCAGACCUAUGUCUAUUAUGAUUAA